AUGAACAUAGUAAGAAUAUUGAUAAAAGCCGUUCAGCAGGCCGUUCAGCAGAAAAUCGAGGCAGAUCUUGGUGUGCAAGUGAGUUUGACGAGUAUACGCCAUGCUCACAGACAAAUGGGUUGGAAAUUCGGCAAGAGUCGUUUCUGCCCAAUGCUGAAGGAGCGCAACAAAGAGGCUAGGCUGCAGCUUGCUUCCCAGUGGAGGGCGUCGGGGGAGAGGUGGCAUAAUGUGCUUUUCACGGACAAAACUACGGUCCCAUUGGAGCAUUACUCAAGGCAAAGUUUCCACAGAAAGGACAACUUUGUUGCCAAACCGCAACCAAAACACCCCUUAAAGCUUCAUGUUUAGGGGAUGAUUUCCCCCUUUUUUAAUGGAUCAGGUCCCUGUGUCAUCUUCGAGGGAAUAAUGGACAGAACUUAUUUCGAGGAGACCAUCAUUAAGAAAUUUGCAGCACCAUACAUCCGGAACUAUUUUGGGUCGGACCAUCGCUUUUUCCAGGACAAUGAUCCAAAGGACACCACCGCUGCAGCUUGCCUUGCAUCUGAGGGCAUCAACUGGGUGAAAAGUCCAGCAGAGUCACCAGACUUGAAUCCUAUCGAGUUAGUUUGGCACUCAAUGAAAGACUACAUCUGCAAAGAGGCAAAGACGGGCACAAAACAGGAGCUUGUUCAGGCCAUACAUGUGUUUUGGAACACGAGACUGACCGUGGAUUUCUGCAGUAGACUUAUUGCAGGUUUAUCUAAGGUCACAAGGCUGGUUAUCGAGAACAAAAGAGGGAAUGAGAACGAAUAA